CAUCAGCAGAAGUUUCUCACCUUGGAAAGCGAGGGACGCUCCCGCAUCUCCAGCACGUACUCACCUCUGCGCGAGUGGACCUUAGGCUACUUUCUCCACCGCAUCUUGCCUAGGGGACUGCCGAUUGUCUCUGUCCUUGCUGCCCUUUUUAAUGUUACCUUCCAGGGGAAAGAGGGCAAGGAACAACUGGGUGCUAGGAAACUGACCCCAGGCCCUGCGGGCUUCUGGAGAGAGGAGAGAGGAGAGGAGCGACUGGGGCUGGGGGCCUCCAUGCAUGGGCCAUGGACAGAGCGGCGCUCCUGGCCCUGCCCAGCUUGUGUGCGCUGUGGGCAGCCGUGCUGUCGCUGCUCCCCUGCGGAACCCAGGGCAACUGGAUGUGGUUGGGCAUCGCCUCCUUUGGGGUACCCGAGAAGCUGGGCUGCUCCGGCUUGCCGCUGAACAGCCGCCAGAAGGAGCUGUGCAAGAGGAAACCGUACCUGCUGCCUAGCAUCCGCGAGGGCGCCAGGCUGGGCAUUCAGGAGUGCAGAAGCCAGUUCCGACACGAGAGGUGGAACUGUAUGGUCGCCACUGCCACCUCCACCCAGCUCGCUACAGCUCCCCUCUUUGGCUAUGAACUGAGUAGCGGCACCAAGGAGACAGCAUUCAUUUAUGCCAUCAUGGCUGCAGGCCUGGUGCACUCUGUAACCAGGUCGUGCAGUGCAGGCAACAUGACCGAGUGUUCCUGUGACACCGCCUUGCAGAACGGUGGCUCAGCGAGUGAAGGCUGGCACUGGGGUGGAUGCUCUGAUGAUGUCCAGUACGGCAUGUGGUUCAGCAGAAAGUUUCUAGACUUACCGGUCAGAAACACCACAGAAAAAGAAAGCAAAGUCCUGCUAGCCAUGAAUCUACACAACAACGAGGCAGGGCGGCAGGCUGUCGCCAAGUUAAUGUCUGUGGACUGCCGCUGCCAUGGAGUUUCCGGCUCCUGUGCUGUGAAAACCUGCUGGAAAACUAUGUCUUCUUUUGAAAAGAUUGGGUAUUUUUUAAAGGAUAAAUAUGAAAACAGCAUCCAGAUCUCAGACAAAACCAAGAGGAAGAUGCGCAGGAGAGAAAAAGACCAGAGGCAGACACCCAUUCUCAAGGAUGACUUGCUAUACGUCCAUAAGUCUCCCAACUACUGCGUGGAGAACAAGAAACUGGGUAUUCCUGGGACCCAGGGCAGAGAGUGCAACCGUACGUCCGGAGGCGCUGAUGGCUGUAACCUCCUCUGCUGUGGCCGAGGCUACAACACCCACGUAGUCAGGCACGUGGAGAGGUGUGAGUGUAAGUUUAUCUGGUGCUGUUACGUCCGCUGCAGGAGGUGUGAAAGCAUGACCGAUGUCCACACUUGUAAGUAACCUCUCCAUCCAGCCUAGCAUGAGAUUGCCUCAGUAGCAACCAGCUGUGUUGUCAUCUGAAGGGCGCCCCCUACUGUGCACGGCGGGGAAGUCGCUGCCUGUAAAAGUGUUCCCAGACCCCCUGGGCCAGGCUGAGAUUUCUUCUUUCUGGCAGACUUCAAAUCACAAGCUGCACGUCAGGAUUGCUUGGGAUUCUAAAGUUGAAAAGGUUGGCAGUCGCCUUUGGAUAGUUUGGGGAAUAUUCGUUGGCAUAUAGGGAACAGCAAUCUGUUUCCGAAGCAAUAUGGAGAAAGGAAAAGAAAAGAAGAGAAGAGAAGAAAAAAAGAAAAGAAAGCCCUUAUCCCAGAGAACUGGUCCAGGUUUAGGAUAAGAUCUGGGGACGCGGUUACAGAAAUCAGUCAUGGUGGGUGCACAUUGAUAAUUUUUUAAAGACAUCUUUUAUAGGAGCAGUACACACGAGUUGCAUUUUUCCUUAAUAUUUUAAUAGAAUUAAUUAUAUUGUUUGUGCAUAGGCAAAAGAUGCUGAAAAUUAACCAAGGGGCAGGUGCUUACUUUAUUCUUCCAAACACUUCAAAAGAAGGGCCAUUGAAAAGGAUCACCAUUCAGAGAUACAAAAUUCCUUUUAAAAUCCCUUUAAAGAUGUUAAGUAAUACUUAUAAUCAAAAUGUUAAAAGUGAAACAUGAAUUGGAUUUUUAAGUGUUUUUAACCAAGAUGAUUUUGUCUGGGGAGUGGAAGACGUGUAAAGACUUGUAAUCUUUGGAUUUAUUUUUUUCUUUUAUUAUAGACCAGUUUCUACUCUUAAACACUCAGUUGUGAUAUACUGGGAGAAUCCUUAAAAGGAGUUGAGGAAAAUGGAAGGAAAAAGAUAAAGCACCCUUAAUUAUGUAAAGACAGUAUUUUGUAUAGUGUUUUACUUCAAAUGUUUUAUAUUUUGUAAAUACAGUAUUUAACUUAUGUAACAUAUUACGACGUAAAGACAUUCAUCGUUAAAGCCUGAAAGUACUAGAAUAAUAAGACUACAUCAAGAAAUGAGAACAGCUUUUCAGUUUUUUUCAUACCACUAAUUCCUUUUUAAAACAUUGGGGGGAAAGAUAAUUGAGGCAGUUACCUGGAUGUGUAGUUCUUGCCAAAAUGACAGUUUUCUUUAAAAGGAAAAAAAAAAAAUUGAGACAGGGUUUCUCUGCAGAGCCGUGGCUGUCUUGAAAACUGACAGUUUUCUGUGCUAUAGAUUAAAGUAUGUUACAAAAUACUGAAAAUCCUGUUAUUUCAGUAGCUAAAGUGGUCGAAUUCUCUUUUCAACCUUAGCUCUGCUUUCUUAUACUAAAUUCUACAGUAAAGGUCUUAGCUGGGAAAAAGAACUUAAGCCAGAAUAAUGUCAGAUUUGAUACUCUGGGUAUUUAUUAUAUUUUAUACAGUGUUGCCAUUUGAAUGCUGAGUGCUGUUUUUCUUUUUCUUUUUCUUUUUUCUUUUCUUUCCUGGUGGGGGGUGGUGGUGAAGCAUGGGUCUAAGAUCAGAACCCAGGGCCUUGCGCUUGCUAGGCCACUGCACUGCCACUGAGCUAAACCCCUAACCCCUGUUUCUUAGUUUAAUCUACAUAUUUGACAGAAGUACCCACUGAAGCCACACGGGGCUGCUUUUAGAUUGUUUUACUGUAAAUGCUUAUGCUUUUCUACUUUGCUAAAUAUUUUAGAAUUAUAUGGAAAAUAGUUUUUCUAAGUUCAGGAUGGACACAAAAAUACAUCCCUUUUCUUAUUAAUAAGAUCAAUAUUUAUCAAAGAUUUGGAUCUAUUUCCUAUUAAUUUUCUAAAGCAAUACAAAGUAACAAUUCGAAAAGCAAACCUCUGGAAGAUUUCUGGAGUCUGAUGUUAUAAAUCGCGACUUGAACGUUUAUUCGUGACCCUUAAAGUCUAACAGCUACUAUUUGCUAAGUGAGAAAUGUGGGCAUGGCAAACGGACAAAUACAAAGCUAAUUUGAAAGACUU